AUGGUAGUUGCGUGCCUGUCCGAAGAGGUCUGACAGAAGCCUGUCCUCAGCCAGACCUCUUCGGACAGUUCAUGACAGAGCUGAGUGAUACUUCUCUUCCUCUCCCUACAGACGCACUACGGGGAUGGGGAGUACAUCGUCAGACAAGGAGCCCGAGGUGACACCUUCUUCAUCAUCAGCAAGGGGAAGGUGAGGGAUGACACCAUCAACAUCACAUAGACCAACCAUUAUUAAGAGAGGCGCAUGUAUUAAUAGUAGAGGUGCAUGGCGUCAGUGGGGCUAGCCAUGGAAUGUCUACUAUGGUGAUUACAGUAGAGGUUAGUUCAAUGUCAUUAAGAGGUGAUCUUAUCCUCCUGAGGGUAUAUACUCUAUUUGUGAUGGAACUCCCUGCCGUUAAAUCGGAAUUGUUGCUAUUUUAAGACAUAGGCUUACUGGCUUAGCUGUCUUUCUCCUUCCGUGGGGGUUUCGGAAUAAGGCCCCUCUAUUAAAGCAUUGAAUGACUGCUGAUCUCUUUUCUGACAGGUUAACGUCACCAGGGAGGAUUUGCCCAAUGACAUGCCUGUGUACCUGCGAGCCCUGGGCAAAGGAGACUGGUUUGGGGAGAAAGCCCUGCAGGGGUAUGUUGGUUUAUCUCUGAAAAGGCCAUAUAAAGAUUGUUCAAUACUGCGUGAAACCUACUUCUUUCCAAUCUCCUCCAGAUAUAGUAUGUAAGUGAUUGGAAUAUGUAACACCGGUAUGUAACACCCCACUCUGCACAUUCAGUCCAUGAACAAGAUCACCUCAUUGGGAACAAGUGGAAGGUAGAGAGUAAAAGAGAGAGAGAGAUAGAUGGAGAGUUUGAGAAAGAGGGUUAGGAUAAGAGUGAAGAGGUGAGCAGGUUUCUUUCUCUGAUGGAAAGGCGCUCUCUGUAGGCCACCUCACUGUGUGUCUUUCAUAGUGAAGAGCCCCACUGUGUCCGAAACAGUCAGCAGCCUCUCUCAGAUCCCACUUAAGGGAAAGUCAUCCCAAAGUUCAGCUUUUCAUAUAUUACAAUUCCACCGCUGUUGCACUAUUACUGAAGAGAUUGUGGAAGAGAGGUUGUAUAGAAAAAGUCAGAUCAGUAGAUCAAGUGGUGUGUAUUAUGAAGUACUGCAUCACAUUUGAUGUAAAGUUAUGCAAGUAGGCCUACUUUAUGUGCGAUACAGUACAGAUUAAUGGCAAAAGAAAAGUUUGCUCCAAUUGUGUUUAUACGCUUUGUUUGUAAGGGUUUCAUCUCACUGUGUUAACCUAACAAAAGCUCUUCCCUUGACAGCUACUUGAAGUUCAGCCAUUCUUCUCUGUCCUUGUAUAGCUGUGGAACAAUGCUAUUUAGGUAAUUGGUCCUAAGGUGUAGAAAGCAGCAGCUAUCACACUGAUUAGAACAGUCAAUCAAUGAAGACCUGGGGCUCCCUCUUUCACUCAGUCAGUCAGUCAUUGAGUCAGUGUGGUGUGAGGACAGUUAUACAGCAGGGAUUAAGCUAUAUGAUGGGGUUAGAGGAGGCUAUGACCACUGAAAGAGCGUUAUGAUUCUUGGAGUCGCGUAGCCCAGUGGGGAGAGAGGUGUUAACAGAGGAAGUAGUCAGGGCAAAUUCAGUAGUGAGUCUACAGGCUGUUCUGAUUGGCUGACUGGAAGCAGUCAUAGAUAGGCACAGUGGCUUUGUGGCACAGUGACCUGCUCCUAGCUCAAAUUAGAGGAGACGAGGGAGGAGAGAAAUGUGACAGUAUCAGGGAGGGAUAAUUAAAUCCAGUGUCAGGCUGUGAUUGAGAGAGACAGUGCCUCCUGGUGUUCCCUCGUACAAUGACAGCUCUCAGGUGGCUACAGAGCCUUCAGAAAUGAUUCCACAUUUUGUUGUUACAGCCUGAAUUCAAAAUGGAUUAAAUUGAUUUUUUUCUCACACAUCUACACACAAUACCCCAUAAUGACAAAGUGAAAACAUGUUUUUAGACAUUUUUGCAAAAGUAUUGAGAAUGAAAUACAGAAAUAUCUAAUUUACAUAAAAUUAUUCAAGCUCUGUCAAGUUGGUUGUUGAUCAUUGCUAGACAGCCAUUUUCUAGUCUUGCCAUAGAUUUCAAGACGAUUUAAGUAAAACAUGUAACUAGGCCACUCAGGAACAUUAAAUGUCGUCUUGGUAAACAACUCCAGUGUAUAUUUGGCCUUAUAUUUUAGAUAGAAAAAGUGAAAGGUGAAUUCAUCUCCCAGUGUCUGGUGGAAAGAAGACUGAACCAGGUUUUCCUCUAGGAUUUUGCCUGUGUCCAUUUCCUUUUAUCUUGUACUUGACUAUUACAAGCAUACCCAUAACAUGAUGCAUCCACCACUAUGCUUGAAAAUAUGGAGAGUGGUACUCAGUAACGUGUUGUAUUGGAUUUGCCCCAAACAUAACACUUUGUAUAUAGGACAAAAAGUUAAUUGCUUUGCCACAUUUUUUGCAGUAUUACUUUAGUGCCUUGUUGCAAACAUGGUGCAUGUUUUGUAAUAUUAUUAUUCUGUAAAAGCUUCCUUCUUUUCACUGUUAAUUAAGUUAGUAUUGUGGAGUAACUACAAUGUUGUUGAUCCAUCCUCAGUUUUCUCCUAUCACAGCCAUGAACUAUUUGAAAGUAACCAUUGGCCUCAUGGUGAAAUCCCUGAGCGGUUUCCUUCCUCUCCAGCAACUGAGUAAAGGCGUCAGCAUGCUUUAGUUCGGCUGGCGCCUAGCCAACGAGUGUGUUCACAUACUCCCUUAAAAGACCUUCGAUUGAAAAACAAUAAAAAAGUGGCAAUAGUACUGUGUGUCCAUUUUGAGACGCCAUAGCCAGUAUACGCUUCCUCAAAAUAGUCAGAAUUAAUCUAAGAUAACUAAAGAAAUCUGUCAUUAAUUUUGACGUUUUUGCCAAAGAGAUCUUAGUCGCGCAAUUUUACAUCUAACUAAGAUGUUUGGUGCAGUAUUUUUCAAUGAAAAAAUCUGCAUGAAAACGAGUCAUCUCUAGUUGAAUGACAACAAAGACUUUGUUGAAGAAUCCCUACAGUUGACCAAUCACCAAUUAAGGGGCGUAGACUUCGGCUCCGAACUUCUGCUUGCCUCCAGAAAUGUUUUGGUGUGCCCGAACAACAGAAAAAAUGUCUCACGAAGUCCAAAACGAACAAAAGCGUCACAAAAUGUUGUCAUAAUAUAUGCACAAACUUUACCAAAAUGUUUUAGCUGGGAAGCAUGCAGACGCCUUUAGGAAGGAUGCCUGUAUCUUUGUAGUGACUGGUUGUAUUGAUACACCAUCCAAAGUCUAAUUAAUAAUUUCACCAUGCUCAAAGGGAUAUAAUAAUAUAAUAAUAAUAUGCCAUUUAGCAGACGCUUUUAUCCAAAGCGACUUACAGUCAUGCGUGCAUACAUUUUUGUGUAUGGGUGGUCCCGGGGAUCGAACCCACUACCUUGGCGUUACAAGCGCCGUGCUCUACCAGCUGAGCUACAGAGGACCACGUGUCUGCUUUUUUUUUUACCCAUCUACCAAUAGGUGCCCUUCUUUGCAAGGCAUUGGAAAACCUCCCUGGUCUUUGUAGUUGAAUCUGUGUUUAAAAUUCACUGCUUGACUGAGCGACCUUGCAGAUAGUUGUACAGUGCAUUCUGAAAGGAUUCAGACCCCUUGACUUUUUCCACAUUGUGUUACGUUACAGCCUUAUUCUAAAAUGGAUUAAAUAAAACAAUUAUUUUUCCAACAUCAAUCUACACAGACUACCCGAUAAUGACAAAGCAAAAACAGGUUUUUAGAAUUCUUUGCAAAUGUAUAAAAAAUAAAAAACAGAAAUACCUUAUUUACAUAGUUAUUCAGACCCUUUGCUAUGAGACUCGAAAUUGAGCUCAGGUGCAUCCUGUUUCCAUUGAUCACCCUUGAGGUGUUUCUACAAGUUGAUUGGAGUCCGCCUGUGGUAAAUGUAAUUGAUUGGACAUGAUUUGGAAAGGCACACACCUGUCAUUCUUAAAUGGAAGAAGUUUGGAACCACCAAGACACAUCCUAGAGCUGGCCGCCCGGCCAAACUGAGCAAUCGGGGGAGAAGGGCCUUGGUGAAGGAGGUGGCCAAGAACCCGAUGGUCACUCAGACAGAGCGCCAGAGUUCCUCUGUGGAGAUGGGAGAACCUUCCAGAAGGACAACCAUCUCUGCAGCACUCCACCAUUCAGGCCUUUAUGGUAGAGUGGCCAGAUGGAAGCCACUCCUCAGUAACAGGCACCUGACAGCCCGCUUCGAGUUUGCUAAAAGGCACCUAAAAGACUAGAUUCUCUGGUCUGACGAAACCAAGAUUGAACUCUUUGGCUUGAAUGCCAAGCAUCACGUCUGGAGGAAACCUGGCACCAUCCCUAUGGUUAAGCAUGGUGGUGGCAGCAUCAUGCUGUGGGGAUGUUUUUCAGCGGCAAGGACUGGGAGACUGGUACAGAGAGAUCCUUGAUGAAAAUCUGCUCCAGAGUGCUCAGGACCUCAGACUGGGGCGAAGGUUCACCUUCCAACAGGACAACGACCCUAAGCACACAGCCAAGACAACGCAGGAGUUGCUUCGGGACAAGUCCCUGUAUGUCCUUGAGUGGCCCAGCCCGAUCGAACAUCUCUGGAGAGACCUGAAAAUAGCUGUGCAGUGACGCUCCCCAUCCAACCUGACAGAGCUUGAGAGGAUCUGCAGAGAAGAAUGGGAGAAACUCCCCAAAUACAGGUGUGCCACACUUGUAGCGUCAUACCCAAGAAGACUCGAGGCUGUAAUCGCUGCCAAAGGUGCUUCAACAAAGUAUUGCGUAAAGGGUCUGAAUACUUAUGUAAAUGUGAUAUUUUCAUUUUUAUUUUUUAUAAAUGUGCAAAUAUUUAUAAAGACCUGUUUUUGCUUUGUCAUUAUGGGAUAUUGUGUGUAGAUUGAUAAGGGGAAAGAACAAUUUAAUCAAUUUUAGAAUAAGGCUGUUACGUAACAAAAUGUGGAAAAAGUCAAGAGGUCUGAAGACUUUCUGAAUGUACUGUAUGUGUGGGGUACAGAGAUGAGGUAGUCAUUCAAAAAUCAUGUUAAACACAAAGUGAGUCCAUGCAACUUAUGUGACUUGUUAAGCACAUUUCUACUCCUGAACUUAUUUAGGCUUGCCAUAACAAAGGGGUUGAAUACUUAUUGACUCAAGACAUUUCAGUUUUCAUUUUUUAUUAAUUAGUAAAAAAUUCUAAAAACAUAAUUCCACUUUGACAUUAUGGGGUAUUGUGUGUAGGCCAGUGACACAAAAUCUAAAUUGAAUCCAUUUUAAAUUCAGGCUGUGACACAAUGUGGAAAAAGUCAAGGGGUGUGAAUUCUUUCUGAAGGCAUGGUGGUGGUACAGUGGUACUGUAUAUCAAUGGUAUAAUGUCAAUUGGCCAGACUAACGUUUGCAACAGUGUGAAGUUUGGUCCUGUUGUUUUUUCAUAAUGAAGAAAACAUGAAGAAAAAAAGUCAAACUAAAGGGUGAUAAAGAUAAGACCCGAAGAUGUAAACAGUUUCAUAUUGUUCUACUGAAUAAUGUAGAUAAUAAAAUAAUGAAUCUCAUAAAGGUACAAGAAUAAAAAUAAGAACAUUUGUUUUGAUAGGUCUGUUAAGAUAGAUUUGUUUUGUUGCUAGACUCAUACAUCAUUGAAAUAUUGUUAAUAUAAUUGGAAACGCAAUAAAUGUCUUGUAUCUCACUGGAGUUUCCUCUACUACGUUAAUAGCAUUACAAUUCUUUGUUCUGUUUUCCACAACAAACAAAGAAAGAGAGAUCUUGUUAUACGCUGCUUUGAUGUUCAGCAGAGUAGCAGCCACAGCCAUGAAGAGCUAGGCUAUAACAAGCUAUGGUGGUGUAUUAGUUAGACGCUACAUCUUCAAAUGUGUGUUCUUCAUCUGCCUCUCUCCAUUUGAUCUGUCCUCCUCUCCUUUGUCUUAAUUAGCACGCUCCUGUUUUUUUAUUUUUAUGAAUAAAACAUGAAAGAUAAAUAAAAAAAAAGUACAACUAAAGGGUGAUAAAGAUAAGACCCGAAGGUGUAAACAGUUUCAUAUUGUUCUACUGAAUAAGGUAGAUAAUAAAAUAAUGAAUCUCAUAAAGGCAUUUGUUUUGAUAGAUCUGUUAAGAUAGAUUUGUUUUGUUGCUAGACUCAUACAUCAUUGAAAUAUUUUUAAUAUAAUUGGAAACACAAUAAAUGUGUUGUAUCUCACUGGAGUUUCCUCUACUACGUUAAUAGAGGGGGGAGGGGGGGAUCCCUAAUAAAUACAAAUACAAAUCUUCUCCAUUACUGCUUUAAAAAAGUUGGUGUGCUGUUUACCAAAGACGCUUACAUUGAACUUAAGUGAUAUUUGCAUGCUAGCCCUGUUAGCUUGGCUUUGGGGGAGGAGGUGAGGGAGUCGUGAAGAGUUGACUACAGACAGGACAGCACAAUAGUCCUUGUGGUUAAAAAGGUUUGAGUGGCUUACUGGCUUUGAUGUGGAGGAGGUUGUAUGCUAAGUGGACUUUCAUAUCUGCCUAACACAAAACACCUUGUUCCCUCACAUUAAGGCAAAUUAUUGGCCAUUAGGGAGAUGUCAGGACUCUGAAUAAUUGUCACAUAAAUAAGAUUCUCUCUCGCUCACUCACUCUCUCAAACAUAUUUCUUUCUCCCACUCAGACAUACAUGGGUACACAUACAUGCCUGAACUUUGCCCAAGGAUGUUGUACACCAAGCAGUGCUCAAUUCAUCAUAAGAGCCUUUCAGCUGCCGAGCAGAUAGAUUAAAUGUCAAAUUUCACCAGAGUUAGGCAGCUCUCUCCUACUAACAAAGCCUUUGUUUUUCCUGGCAUCUGUCCUAAUAUACAUUUUAGUAACUUAGCAGACGCUCUUAUCCAGAGCAACUGCAUACAUUUUCGUACUGGUCCCCCAUGGGAAGCAAACCCACAACCCUGGCAUUGGAAGCACUAUGCUCUACCAACUGAGCCACACGUGAACUUUCUGGGCUGGGUUGUGAUAAACUGAGGCCUUAAAUACAUUUACAUUUACAUUUUAGUCAUUUAGCAGACGCUCUUAUCCAGAGCGACUUACAUAAAUACCUAUGGCAUUAUAUUUUCCCCUAGUCUUUGUUCUGUGCACACAUUUCCAGUGAGAUUGACAACCAUAACAUUUCCUCCAUGCUGUUCUCUCACUGGUUGUGAUUGGCAUUGGUGGAGACAUGGUCUACUGAUGCUCAAACUGACCUGUGGAGCAUGGCUGUGCCUGGCUCAAUAGCCUGACUUGAUUAAACUUGACAGAGGAAACCCUGGCAUUGUUCUCUGUCAACAUCUCUCUCUCUCUCUCUCUCUCUCUCUCUCUCUCUCUCUCUCUCUCUCUCUCUCUCUCUCUCUCUCUCUCUCUCUCGAAGCUCAUAG